AUAUCAUUUUUCUUCUCCGGCCCCAUGGAGGAAGUGAGAAAGUUGGCACGGUCACCCAGGGCUUCGCAGGACCCGGUCACUCAGUGACAGAUGGACAAUGCAAGAAUGAGCUCCUUCCUGGAAUACCCCAUCCUCAGCAGUGGCGACUCCGGGACCUGCUCAGCGCGAGCCUACCCAUCCGACCAUGGGAUUACAACUUUCCAGUCGUGCGCGGUCAGUGCCAACAGCUGCGGCGGCGACGACCGCUUCCUAGUGGGCAGGGGGAUGCAGAUCAACUCGCCCCACCACCACCACCACCACCACCACCCUCACCAUACCCAGCCGGCCACCUACCAGACUUCCGGGAACCUGGGGGUGUCCUACUCCCACUCGAGUUGUGGUCCAAGCUAUGGCGCGCAGAACUUUGGUGCGCCUUAUAGCCCCUAUGCGUUAAAUCAGGAAACAGACGUAAGUGGUGGGUACCCCCCAUGCGCUCCCGCUGUUUACACUGGAAAUCUCUCAUCUCCCAUGGUCCAGCAUCACCACCACCACCAGGGUUAUGCUGGGGGCGCGGUGGGCUCGCCCCAGUACAUUCACCACUCAUAUGGACAAGAGCAUCAGAGCCUGGCCCUGGCCACGUAUAAUAACUCCUUGUCCCCUCUCCACGCCAGCCACCAAGAAGCCUGUCGCUCGCCUGCGUCUGAGACGUCUUCUCCAGCGCAGACCUUUGACUGGAUGAAAGUCAAAAGAAAUCCUCCCAAAACAGGGAAAGUUGGAGAGUAUGGUUACGUGGGUCAACCCAACGCGGUGCGCACCAACUUCACUACCAAGCAGCUCACGGAGCUGGAAAAGGAGUUCCACUUUAACAAGUACCUGACGCGCGCGCGCAGGGUGGAGAUCGCCGCAUCCUUGCAGCUCAACGAGACCCAGGUGAAGAUCUGGUUCCAGAACCGCCGAAUGAAGCAGAAGAAACGCGAGAAGGAGGGGCUCUUGCCCAUCUCUCCUGCCACCCCGCCUGGAAGCGACGAUAAGGCCGAGGAAUCCUCAGAGAAGUCCAGCUCAUCGCCCUGCGUUCCUUCCCCGGGGUCUUCUACCUCAGACACUCUGACUACCUCCCACUGAGGCCGCCCCAGCCCCGGAAUUCCCAGUCCAGGCUUCUUGGGCUCGGACUUCUUACUCAAAGCACAUUCUUAGCUUAUCUUUCCUUCAUUUACAGUCUCUUUCUUCCUUUCUGAUCCUAUCUGCGGAACUUCUGGUCAGGAUAAUGUGUUUCCGAGAAUUCUGGACCAGAGACUUGGUGAGGGGUUAGCUUCUUAAUCCAGAUUGGGUGCCAGCAUCAAUUUUCUGGUGGGCCUUAACAUCUUUCCCACUUUUAGGAAAUUUUCAAAGAACCUACUGUUUCCUUCAGAUGUCCUUUGGAAAAUAGUUCCCUUUGCCAGCAGAAACAUGCCAGAGGAAAGCCUCUCUCUUCUUUUAUCUAACUGUAUAUUUACAGUUCACCCCUACCUUGCCCUUAAAAGUAGGAGAUGAGAAAGGAGAAAGUCCAGAAGCUCAUGAAGAAGAGAUGCACUAUGUGUUUACCCAAUUAAUUCUUCCCUUAAUUUAAUGCAAUUUCGUGUGUGAGUUUGCUGGUUGUAAAUACUUUGUCCUGAGAGAUUUAUCUUUAUACAGAUUUUCUAGAAAUGUUUAGAUUAGGUAAUUGAAACAGGGUUGGCAAACUCUUAAAACUGGUACAAUUUUAUAUGUGAUUAUAGGUGAAAUAAUACAUUCCCUCAUUUAAACCCAAUCAGAUGCCUCAGAGAGUAGCCUCAAUAUGUUCUUUCAAUUAGUUAAGACCUACAAAGCACAAGGUUCAGAAACCUGAUUUCCUGUGCUAAGUCUCUCCCCAUCCCUACCCCUUUCUUCUGAGGCCAGCUUCCCUUUAAAAUUUGUGCUGGAUUAUUCUAAAUGUAAAGGUAUUAUUUAAACCAACUUUUUCCUUCAACAAUUAUCUUAGCUGGAUAUGAUGUAUUUUCAGCUCAUUUGUUAAUGUGAUGGAUGGCACAAUGAAUGUAUAUUUUGUGUGAUUCGUGAAUAGUCUUUUGCAUGUCGCACAAUGUUUUAAUGUCCCUGAAGUACUACACUGAGUUUUAUCAGUUGUCCUUUGUGAGCCUAUGAUAUUCCCCAUUUCCUGUACAAUCAUGAACAGCUCUGAGAUCCUGGAGUAAGGUGAUCCAGAGCAGAGUUUACGGGUCUUAGGAUGUCUGUAAUAAAUAUAUUCAAGUUUCAA